UUUAAUUCAACAACGGUAGACGGGUUUUUGCCUGAAAACGAUGGCUUGCGACGGAGCAGAUCAAAGUCGCCGCUUUUUCGUGGCGGUUCACGUCGGUGCCGGAUAUCAUGCAGCAGCUAAUGAGAAAGCUCUGAGAUCCGUCAUGAGACGCGCUUGCCUAGCUGCGUCGACCAUUCUUCGCCAGGAUUCUGGUGAGUGCAUAGAUGCUGUUUCAGCCGCCAUUCAAGUCCUGGAGGACGACCCGAGCACAAAUGCUGGGAGAGGCUCUAAUCUGACAGAAGAUGGUCAUGUGGAAUGUGAUGCUAGUCUUAUGGAUGGCGAUUCAGGGAUGUUUGGUGGUGUUGGAGCAGUUCCAGGUGUAAGAAAUGCUAUCAAAGUUGCUGCUUUGUUGGUGAAAGAGCAGAUUAGUGGCUCAACACUGUUAGGCCGUAUACCUCCUAUGUUGUUGGUUGGUGAAGGAGCUCGACGAUGGGGUAAAUCCAAAGGUGUUCUUUUGCCUGAGACUGUCACAGAAGCUGAUCAGUGGCUGACUACACAGAGAGCAAGAAACCAGUGGAGAAAAUUCAAGACCAUGCUUUCUGAGGUAGAGGCAAAGAGUACCCUCUCUGCUGAAGAACAUCCCAGAGGAACCGAGAAUAAUGACACAUGUGAGGAAAAACCAUCACCCUGUGUAGCAGUAGAUGAGGAUAAGAUCAUGGACACUGUUGGCGUAAUUUGUGUUGACAGUCAAGGACACACUGUGUGUGGGUCCUCAAGUGGCGGUAUUGCAAUGAAGAUUAGCGGCCGUGUGGGUUUAGCGGCAACGUAUGGUUCUGGUUGCUGGGCAUCCUCUAAAGGACCAUUUGGAGCUCCAUUUCGAGUUGGCUGUUGUGUGUCUGGAGCUGGAGAGUAUCUUAUGAGAGGAUUUGCAGCGAGAGAGUGUUGUACUUCAUUGUCACUCUCACAGGCUGGUCCAGCAUCUGCUGCCAUGAAGGUUUUACGUUCUGUAAUGCAUCAAGAGAGUUCGAAAAGUGGAACCGCUGACAAAACUGCAGGAAUUCUAGUAGUUCAGGCAGAUGCUUCUGUGGCUGUCCCUGGAGUUAAGCCGGAGCUGAAUGCUGUUGAGAUAGCUGCUGGUUACUCGUCACUGUCUUUUGGCGUGGGAUACUAUGGGAACUCUAUAGAGAAGCCAAAGAUUUCGAUUCUCAGGACGAGGAGACAGAUGAGUGAGGCUGGGGUAGACCAUUUUGAAGCCCGGAUUGAUCUCCGUUCAACCUGUUGCUGAUUAAUUUGAUAUUUUGUGGCGAAAAGUUUCAGAAUCUGUAACAUGGGACACACACCAACCCUUGCAAUAUGUAUAAACACCCACCAUCUUAUUGUAAAUCAAGAAACUCAUGAUCUCAUUUUGCCUUUUGCUAUGUUAAA